AUGGAAUCUCCUGAGACUCUUGAUCUCGCUCUUGAAGCUCUUGAGGAACCAGAUCAAGUAUCUGAAACUGAAGUUGAGCUUAAUUCAGGUGCCUUAGAAUACCCCGAGAGUGAUCCCAAAAUUUUGUUCGACGAAGCUGACGCAGGAACAUGGCCAAUAAAUAUUAGCGACGAAAUACGACAAAUUAUGGUUACCAAAGGCCCUAUUCAACGAGACUGGUUGGUAUAUAGCGUCUUCAAAAAUGCAGCAUAUUGUUUUUGCUGCAGACUCUUUUCAAAGCUACCUAAAUCUUCCUUGGCCAAUUCUUCAGGGUACAAAGAUUGGAAAAAUCUAUCUCUAAGAUUGUCUGAACAUGAGAAAGCAAUAUUGGGCGACCGCAUACAACAUGAAAUUAUCUCUCGUAUAAAAAAGGCUCGUUAUUUCUCUAUAAUUUUAGAUUGCACACCAGACGUGUCUCAUAUAGAACAAAUGUCUAUUAUUAUAAGGUAUGUUACCACUGAAGCCCUUACAGAAAUAAAUACAGAAGAAAAAUUUUUAAAAUUUCUACCGGUUGAAGAUACAACAGGACAAGGUUUAUUUAAUGUAAUUACACUAAUUACCAAAGAACUUGAAAAAUUGGAUUUAGAUAUAAAUAACCUUAGGGGCCAAGGAUACGACAACGGUUCAAAUAUGAAGGGCAAAAAUUUAGGUCUCCAAAAAAAGAUGUUGGAGAUUUGUCCUCGAGCAUUUUACGUUCCAUGCAAUUGCCACUCCCUUAAUUUGGUCCUGAAUGAUGCUGCACUUUGUUCAUCAGACGUAAUAUCAUUUUUUGGCGUUAUACAAGAGGUUUACAAUUUUUUUUCGGGAUCUACUCAUAGAUGGAGUAUUCUUAAAGACAACAUUUCUAACUUAACUGUUAAACCUUUAUGUACAACCCGAUGGGAAAGCAGGAUUGAUGCUGUGAUUCCUUUUCGAUACCACAUUGGGGAGAUAUAUGAUGCUCUUUGCCAGGCAAGUGUGGACAGCAAACUGGAUGGCUUUGCUAAAAACCAGGCAAAAAGCUUGGCAACUAAAUUGAAGGAUUUUAAAUUUAUAUCCAGUGUAAUAGUUUGGUAUGAAGUUUUGCAUAGGAUAAAUUUGGUAAGCAAGCUUUUACAAUCGAAAACUUCUGACAUACCGUUAACAGUGGACAUGAUCCAGAGUAUUAAAAAACAGUUGGAGGAUUUUCGGAGUGAAGAAGGAUUUCAGUCUAUAAUAACUGACGCCAAAGAACUUGCAGAGCAACUGGAAAUCGAUCCCACAUUUACGAAGGAGACUGUUGUGCGACCCAGAAAAAAAAAGCGCACAUUUCAGUACGAGUGUGAAGACGAGCCCCUAGUGGAUUCCGAGAAAUCAUUCAAAAUAAAUUUCUUUUUUUUUAUCUUAGAUACUGCAAUUAACUCACUCUCUGAGCGAUUUAUACAGUUAAAAGAGCACAGCGAUGUCUUCAAUUUUCUUUACGAUAUUUCAAAACCUUUUCAACAAAAAAGUUUACUGGAAAAUUAGUGUAGAGAAGUACUCUAUAUUGCUAUGUGCAGAGCUGUUGUCGUAGACUAUCAAAAGACUUCAAAAUGCUAUCAAGAACUUCCCGUGAUCUAUCUGAACAGAUCACUAGACAGAACUGCUAUUACACACAUCCUAGUUGAACACGGAACCAAAGUAGAAUGUCAUUGUCAACCACUACUUCUAGUGAAUUUCAAGUUGGAAAAUAACUGGUUAGAAGUUACAUCUGACCUAAAGCGGACCACCGAAGCUUUAGAAUUAGAUGCCAAUGAUGGAGAAGACAAACUAUCAAUGCCAAGGAUUUCCAUUUCUCCUAUCAGUUCCAAUGGAAUUUCUUCCAAGGAAGAUAUGGAAAGUUUCCAGCAAACUCUCUUAUAUCCAAAUACCAGAAAAGCAGUAACUAAUCAAGUAGCCCGAAGGAUCAUAGCCCUCGAUAGCUCAGACCCCUAUUACAUGCCAAAUUUGUUUAGUACAACCGAAUUUACAAAUAUAGCACAAUCCGCUGUCGGGGAAGUGUGGAGGUUUUUAUCUAGAAUGGGAAAUUUAUUUUCCAUCUGUGGGUUCCUGUACACCAUAGUUUGCGCAUUAGCCAACCAAAGAAGAGAUUGUGAAGAAGAAGACCAGAAGAUUGAAUUGAUCCAGUGUCAGUUAAUGCUACUGCCCCCCAGGAACAAUCAAACAGUUCGUUGUAUCCAGGACUGCCUAAAAUCAUAUGCAAAAACUCGCCGUAAAGCUAAAUUAGCUGAAGAUACAAGCGUUUGGGAACAACCACCGAAAAUGAAGAAGACUCCCAAAAAAAAGGAGGACAAUAAAAAAAAAGCAAAGCAGCUCAAACAACCCUCUGCGGUAAAAUUAAAUCCAUGUGCAAAUUUGCAAAAAGAUGAAUUUUCCUCCGACGACAGCGACGCACCUUUGGCAAGUGAUAAAAAAAGAAGGGUCUCACUAGUUUCAGCUAAUGUUAUUGGGGAGGAGGAAAUUGAGACCGUUUCAUAUCAAUCCAAAAAGAAGACUGCUACAUCAUCUCAGCCUGUAACUCCAUUAGUAACUUGCUCAGUGACUCUUUCGGUGACUCCCUCGGUGACUCCCUCGGCGACUCCCUUGGCAACUCCCACGAUAACUACAUCUUCGCAUCGCCUGACCAUUUCGCCUCAAUCCACAAAGAAGACGGCUACAUCAUCUCAGCCUGUAACUCCGUCAGUAAUUCCCUCGGUGAUUCCUUCGCUGACACCCCUGGCAACUCCUACAGUAACUCCAAUUUCGGGUCGCCUGAUUGACAGUUUAUCGACGAUGUCUUCUUCACCGAAAAAUUUUGGAAAAUCGACUGAUAUUGGUAACACUAUUCCCGAAUACUGUGUAGCCUCCCUAGUGAAAAAUACUUUGGGCUACGUUGCGAAAGUAGCAGUUGUUUACCUAAUGAAAUGCGUAGCCGUACCAGUAGAGUUACGAAGAGAAACCCAUAAUUGCUAUGUAGAGCUAGCAGUUACUGCUUAUAACGAAAGUUAUUUUAUGUCACCAGUAACGAGAAUAAUGCAAAAACACGCCGAACAAACAGAGUGUAGUACCUUAAUACCACCAUUAUACUAUAUAAAUAUUCAAUGGAUUGAAUUCGCUCCAACUCCGCCAACAGGAAUACUUCCUCAAGAGUUUGAGCCAGAAGCGGAGGAAAAUUUUUCUUUCAGGUCAAUCAAAGAUUUGGUUUCAGGAGGUAUCUAUACCUACAAUGAAAUCAAAAAGGCACCAGAAGCCAUGACCUUUGGAUUGGGAAGGAACGCUUUAAACAAUAUGAUCAUAAGAAGGGUAGCCGGACAAGCAGUCCAGGAUCAACGGUAUUCUACCUUGAAUUUAUUUAGCAAGGAAUAA